UGUUUUAUAUUUAACAACAACAAAAUUGAACAAUCAUCAUCGUCGUUAUACCGUAUAAUAAUAAUAAUAAUAAGAUGAUCAUGAUGAUGGAUUCUAUGGAUCCUACACAAUUAGCACAAUUACCAUCAUCAUCAUCACCUACGACUUCGACAAUGAUACAACAUAAUAGUAAUAAUAAUAAUGAUUCGGAUGAUACAAUUUCUACCGUACCGUUACCACCACCACAACCUCCACCUUCAUCUUGUCAUUAUGAUUCUCAACCAAAUGAUUUAAUCAUUCCACAACAACAACAAUCUAGUGCCAACAACAACAACAAUAAUAACAAAGAUAAAAUGCCAAUUUCUUCCGCUAUUUCGACAGUAACGACAAAUUCUAAGUCAUCAUCAUCAUCAGCAGCAGCGAUUGAUUCGAAUAUUGAACAAUCAUCAUCCACAUCCACAUCAUUAAAUCAAACAAACGAUAUGGCAAAUCGUUUAGCUAAAAUUCUUACCUGUUUACAAGGUGCUAUUGGUGGUGGUGGUGAUGAAAAUUUACUGCAACAAAGUCAAUUAUUAGUUGCAGCAAUGGCAGCAACAAUGGCUGCUGCAGCAACCGGAACUGGAACUAAUAAUGAACAACCAGAACAAUUAUUAGCAUCAAUGGCACCAGCAUUGAUUAAUUUGGUUAAUAAUACUGCUACCGCUACCUCUAAUACUAACGCAACAACAACAACCAAUUCACGACGAUCAUCAAAUUCAUCCGCAUCCGCAUCCAUAUCUGCAACCGGAUCAUCAAAUAAUGAUAGUCAUGAUGACGAUGAUGAUGAUGAUGAUGAAAAUUCCAAUCAAAAAUCAUUACUAAAUCAAAUUAAUAAUGAUACCUGUAGUAAAAAACGACGUAAACAAAGUAAACCAUUACGUUAUGAAUAUGGUAGUAGUAGUAGUAAAAAUUUUUUAACAACCGCAACAAGUAGUGAUAAUCAAGAUCAUGAUCAUCUUGAUCAUCAUCAUCAUCAUCAUCAAGAUGAUGAUAAUCGUCGUAGAAAAAUUCGUCAUCGUAAUGAAAUAACAACGAUCAAACAACAGCAGCAACAACAUAUCAAUUCAAUGUUGAAUGUCGAUGUUGAUGAUGAUGGUGACAAUUUGCUAUUGCCACCACCACCGCCACCAAUGCUGAAUAAACAUCAUUCAAAACAAACGAAAGAGAAAUUAUUAUUAAUUUCAGCAAAUAAAGAGCAACAACAGCAACGAAUAAAAUUAAAGCAACAACGGCAUUCCCAACAUAAUAAGCCAAAGCAGAAGCCUGUUUCAGAUUUAGAAGAGAACUUUGAUGAUGAUGAUGAUGUUGAAGAUUUAGUUGAUGAAAUAGUCGACGAUGAUGAUGAUGACGAUGACGACGAUGUUGUUGAUGAUGAUGAAAGAGACAGCAACCAUGAUGCUAAUGAAGACGACGACGACGACAACGAUCAUCAUAGUAGUCGUAGCCAUCGAUUGGAACAAGUCGUUGAUUCAGUCAAAAUAGUCAACAAAACAGCAGCAGCAGCAGCAGCUAAAAAAUUAUCAUCAAAAAAUGUUAUCAUCAACAACGUUGAUGAUGAUUUAAAUGCGGCAUCAAUAGCGGCAGCAGCAGCUGAAAUG